CUGUUGGUAAGGAGCUAACUUAGCUGGCUCUUCUGCAACUCUGCAGCUCCUGGUGGCAAGGGUUGUGAGAGCAGGUCUCCCUCCACACAGGAAGAUAAACGGGGAACUGACAUCUCUUGGAAUAUAUAAAUACUCCGUUGGCGUUUAGAGGAUUUGUCCUUGGUGGGGAGAUUUAGCUGCUUGUUUUUUCUUAACUCGAUGCAAGUUGUGUGUUAAGUACUUGUACAUUCAGCUGAAAAAUCAGUUGCCCUUAUUCAAGCUUCACUCAAGAAGAUCAGUGAGUUUGUUGGGACCAAGAAGUGAGGAAAAGAAAAGCAUCAAGGCUUGCAGCAAGGAUAUUUUUACAUCAUCUGUCUGCACCCUGAAGAAGGAGAGGAAUGGGCUGUAACAGAAACUGUGGGCUCCUCACUGGGGCUGUCAUCGGUGCUGUGCUGGCCAUCUUUGGAGGAGUUCUGAUACCAGUUGGAGAUAACCUUAUAGGCAAAGCAAUAGAAAAGGAAGCUGUUAUUGCAAAUGGUACCAUUGCUUUUGAUAAUUGGCUUGUGCCAGGAAGCUCAGUUUACAGACAGUUUUGGAUCUUUCAUGUGCAAAAUCCAACAGAGGUGUUAGAAAAUGGAUCACGUCCAAAACUUGAACAAAGAGGACCUUACACAUACAGGGUGCGAUAUUUAGCCAAAGAAAAUAUCACAGAAAACUCUGAUGGCACAAUAUCCUACAUGUUGCCUAAUGCUGCUCGUUUUGAACCUGAUAUGUCUGUUGGGACAGAAAAUGAUACCAUCACGUGCCUGAACCUCGCUGUUGUUGCUGCACCUGCCCUGUAUACAAAUGCUUUCAUACAACUACUAUUAAACACUUGGAUUAAAGCUUCUAAGUCAUCCAUGCUGCAGAACAGAACAGUGAAAGAAAUACUCUGGGGAUACAAAGAUCCCUUCUUAAACAAGGUCCCCUUCCCCUUGGACCCAGUUUUGGGAGUCUUCUACCCGUAUAAUGGGACAUAUGAUGGACUUUACAGAGUGUAUACUGGGAAAGAAGAUAUAAGCAAAACAGCAAUAAUUGAAAGUUAUAAAAACAAAAGGAAUCUUUCUUACUGGGAAGGUUACUGUGAUUUGGUUAACGGCACAGAUGGGGCAUCAUUUCCUCCAUUUGUUAAGAAGGAUCAGGUACUGCGCUUCUUCUCCUCUGACAUUUGCAGAUCGAUCUAUGGAGUCUUCCAGGGCAAACAGAAUGUGAAGGGAAUCCCACUUUAUCGUUUCGCAGUUCCUCGUGAAGCGUUCGCAUCACCAGUUGAAGUUGGAGAUAACUACUGCUUCUGUACAGAGGAGGUCAUAUCCCAGAACUGCACAACAGCUGGAGUCCUAGAUAUUAGUGCCUGCAAAGGAGGAAGACCUGUGUAUAUCUCUCUUCCACAUUUUCUUCAUGCAAGUGAAUCUAUACUGAAUGAUGUUGAAGGCCUGAGCCCAAAUGAGAAGGAACAUGAGACAUUUCUAGAUGUAGAGCCUACCACUGGUUUUACACUACAGUUUGCCAAAAGGCUUCAAGUAAACCUCCUUGUGAAACCUGCAAAAAAAAUUGAAGCUUUAUCAAAAGUUAAAAAACCUUAUGUCUUCCCCAUUCUUUGGCUAAAUGAGUCUGCUGUUAUUGGGGAUGCAAAAGCAGAAAUGUUCAGAAAAAAAGUCUCUGGUCGGGUCCAGAUGCUGAGUCUGCUGCAGAUGGUGUUGAUCAUCACAGGUUCUGUGGUGUUCCUCGCAUUCCUGGGUUCUUAUUUCAUAUGCAGAUCAAAGAAAUUAAAAUAAGUAAUAAAAGACUUCAGAUGUAGACAGUGUUUAACUGAAGUUUCAGCCAAGCAGCAUGUUAAAAUUUGGUGACAAAAGGUAUGAUUCAAUGCACAGGCAGCCCAUGUGCUAUGGAAUUCAGUGUGCUUUUCCAUUUUGAAAAGACCAACUCACUAACCCAAAUAAGAUGUUUCCAGAGGCCCACACAUAUGACAUCACUAGAGUGGCCACUGUGGAAAUUAUUUUUUCAAAUAACUGAUUACAUGAACCUUGUUACAAAUUUUAAAAGACAUUCAAACAGACUGAAGUUGACAUGCAGCUGGAAUUUAGUCCACCUUCUGCCAUAUAUGCAACUUGCUACGUUUUUUCUUCUGAGAACUGCAAGACAAUUGAAAACCCUUUGCUGAUGUUCUAGCUUGGAGCACAGGCUUGGGAAUGACAAUGUCUAUGAGCUCAAGCCAUACUCUAGAUACUCUCAUUGCAAAGUUUCUUUCUGUUCCUUCAAGGAAUGGAAUCUGCUGCAGUAGAACUGCUCUCUGUCCUCUAUUCAGGGAUGCAAACUGUGUUGAAUGUGAAGUUUAUUAUGUAAAGUUACUAACCAGUAAUACAUGAAGUUAAUAAAUAACUUACUAAAAUAUAUGGUUCAUACAUUUUAUGAAGAGAUGGCCCAUACACACACCACAGUCAUUCAUAUGUUGAUGGCACUAAUCAACAUUUGACUUCACAGUUGUUUGGUAAUCUGAGUUACUCACUAAAUCCCAGCCUCCAUUGCUCUUUGUAUUGCCUCCUGUGUGCUUCCCUUUCUGGCUCUUGCUCAAACAUCAGCCUCUGCUCUGCCUUAGCUCCACUUCACCUAAGGCCUCCCUUAGGGAAUGUUAUAAUCCUUAAGACUGAAUGAAAAUAUUUCAGAACAUUUUGGACACAGGAAAUACUAAGAUAAUGGUCAAACAUCAGAGGGUUCCACUUUCUAUGACAGAAUAUAAAUUAAAACAGGUAGCCCCAAUUCUUCUCUGAUAAGCCAUCUGCCACAAGGAAAUAUGUGCAAUUGUGUGGUUAAUGAAGUGCAUUAACCUUACUGAUGCCCAUAGACAGGCAGCUGAUAUUUCCAUCUGUGUAAAUAGUUUACUUUUUCACUUAAUCUGAAUACAUAUCUUAGAUAUGAGGGUCAGUUGGACAGAUAUUGAACGUCACGGGGUCUCUCCUUUCUUUGGACUCACUGAAUUCAGAACAAUAGCCAAAGUUCAGCAUUUCAUAAAACUUCCCCUUGGAGCUUUUUUCCCUUUAAGAGCUGCAGAGAAAAAGGAAAAUCAAACACAGGUCAGCCUGGUGUUUGGAAAGAGUGCUAUAAACCAGAAAGACUUUAAACCAGAAAGAUUUAAUUCACUAGCAAAUCUUUGGUCAGGUAUCUUUAGCAAGCUGUUUUCACCCUUUGGAAAGAAACGGAAAAACCACAAAGACUAAACGGAUGUUGUCUUAAUCCCUAGUGUUUAAUAUUCCUUGUGUAGCUACCAUUGUACAUUAGAGCCGACAAAUUACAAAAAUCCCCAAAGACUAUUCUUGGAGGGAUGUUCUAUGUACAUUGCUAGUCUUUUUCCAGCCAUGGUUUGGAACUCUAAAGUACCAGGGUGGGAGAUGUGAGGGAAGCAUGACACUCAAGGGAAGUUCUGAUCACACUCAGAAAGCUGAUAUAUUUAGUUUCUCCUUAUUGUGCUUGCUAAUUGAUGGGAAAGAGAGAGAGAGAAAAAAAAAAAAAAAAAAAAAAGGCUUUUUCUCUUUGCUACAUUGUUGCUGGUGUCAUUUGUAAUGCUCUGUUCCCACAUUAACAUGGGGACAGUUUGACACAACUGAAGGCAUCCCUAGAGUCCUAUGGACUGGUCAAAAAAAAAAAAAAAAAAAGAAAAAAAAAAAAGAAGAGCACAAGUAAAGGUAUUAAGUCGCCUUCUCUUUUGAAACAUAAAUGUGCACAGCUCUGCUGUGGUUCAAGAUCUGACACCAAGUUAUUAUAAUAAAACUAUUGUGUGUGUGUGUGUGUGUGUGUAUGUGUGCUGGAAUCUAAUGGUGAUAUAUUUUCACCAAAGAACAGUGGCUGUCGUGUUGAUUUUGAUACAACAGUAUUUCAGCUUAAUUUUCUUUGGCUUGAAGUCCAUUGUCAGUACAUUAAAGUUUGCUCUAUUUGUGUGGUUUAGUGCUAUGUGAUGCUCUAGCAUCAGUGAUCCAGCAAGUCAGGCCAUGAUUUUAAAUGUCUCAGGGCCCAAUUUUGCAUACAUACAAAUGUACAAUGUUCUUAUGUAUAAUCUAAUUGAUCUAAAUGCAAGUUUGGAUUUUUAAACUAUGUUCAGCACCUAGGCUACACUUGAAUUAUAAUUAUAGUUAUUUUGUUCAGAGCAUUGGUUCCAGUUAUUCUUAACUGAUGUUAUUAAGGCUAAUGUUAAUUAUUUGCAUUUGUUCAGACACAUGUGGGAUAAGCAUUUAUUAGGGAUUUAAAGAACUCAAUACAAAUAAAAUAAAGCUCAAAGUGUUUUUUUCUGAGUUCCAUAUGUCUAAGUGUAAAUAAAAUCUUCUGUGUUGGA